AACGACCGGAAAUGCGCGCUGGAUCCGCCGCUGCGGGGACGGAUCGGGACUGAUUCGUACAAAGUAAAAACUCUGCGCUGAUUUUUGUUUUUUUUUCCGUUAAAUCGGGAUGGCCGGCACCGCGCUCAAGAGACUCAUGGCGGAGUAUAAACAGCUGACUCUGAACCCACCUGAGGGGAUCGUUGCAGGUCCAGCCAACGAGGAGAACUUCUUUGAGUGGGAGGCUCUCAUCAUUCUAUCCGGACGGUCGUGUGUGUAUCUCGAUCCUUCACGCUCCCGGAGACGAUCCGAUGGGUUACGAGAGCAGUGCGGAGCGCUGGAGUCCGGUUCAGAGUGUGGAGAAGAUCCUGCUGUCGGUGUCUAUCCGGACGGUCGUGUGUGUAUCUCGAUCCUUCACGCUCCCGGAGACGAUCCGAUGGGUUACGAGAGCAGUGCGGAGCGCUGGAGUCCGGUUCAGAGUGUGGAGAAGAUCCUGCUGUCGGUGGUCAGCAUGCUGGCAGAGCCGAACGAUGAAAGCGGGGCGAACGUGGACGCCUCCAAAAUGUGGCGUGAGGACCGAGAGCAGUUCUACAAACUCGCCCAGAAGAUCGUACGUAAGUCGCUGGGCCUUUAGAGAUGAUGUCAUCAGCGUGUUUCAGAAACACUCCUCUUUAACAAAAAACUGCAGCAUCAACCGAAGGAACAUCUGAGCAUCUUUCCCCGUCACCAUGGAAACCAGUAACUCACACACACACACGCGCAGAGUGCUGCAGAGACGGACCGAUCAAUAAACUGACGGACGUUUGGAUCAACGACACAAACGGCGAGUUACACAGCGUCACAUUUCCCGAACGAAGACAAGAGGAGGAGAAGAAAACCACGACAUCAUCCUCACAGUGACAUCAUCACCCUCACAGUGACAUCAUCACCCUCACAGUGACAUCAUCAUCACUGCGUGGACCGCGUCACACCGACGGCAGCAACUUCACAUCAUCAUCAUCAUCAUCAUCAUUAUUAUUAUUAUGAUUAACAACAAUAAUAAUCUGAACACAGAAGUCACGGACACUGAGGACAAUCAGCAGCUACAGACAGAAAAACAGUCCAGAAUAUACAAUAUGAAUACAAACAAUCAACUUUAAUUUAGUAAAUAGACCAAUAAAAUCUAAAAACAGCUGCAGAGAAAAAUAAAAAGUCAAACAGAAA